AUGGUUUUUCAUAUGAUUUUUCUGUUCGCGAUACAUGCUAAAAUUGGAGUUUCUGAGAAUCUAGAAGGCAGAAUAGUAGGAGGUGAACCGGUUAAAAUUGAAAGCUUUCCUUUUACUAUAAAGUUGUUUAAUCAAGGAGCUCUUUGUUCCGGCACAAUUUUAAAUAGUUGGACUGUACUUACUGCUGCACAUUGCUUUGAUCAUAACAGAGAUACGAGUGAUAUGUUGGUAGCCGUUGGUUCCAGGUACAUGUAUGACCACCAAGCUGAAUCCUACGAUGUGUCACGUAUCCUUAUUCAUGAGGACUAUAACGUCCCUAUACCCUUCGCCUGUGACAUUGCUUUGAUAUUUGUCCAGAAACCAAUCAGAUUUGGCAAAAGAUCGGAAAAAGCAAUAUUAGUAAAUACAAAAAAGUGGAUGAAUGCUAGCGAAACACAUUUUGUCGCUACUGGAUGGGGCAUGAUUAAGUACGGUGGACCGCUGUCUCAGUUAGGGCUAAUGCAGACAGAGCUCCGCUACGUGCCUAAGGAGGAGUGUGAAAAGAUGCAUAGAAUGAAGUUCAGUGCAGACAUGUUUUGUUUAUACGGAGACGGGGAUCGAGACACCUGCAAGGGGGACUCUGGCGGCGGCGUGGUGUGGCAUAGCAUGGUAAUUGGUAUUGUGUCACACGGAGAUGGGUGCGCGAAAAAAGGAAAACCAAGUUUAUACGCAAACGUCUGGUAUUUUCGUAAUUGGAUACGAAAGAAUGUGGAAAAAUUUGUAUAUAACUAUUGUAACUAG